CUGCCCCACCCCCGGCUUCCCGCCUCCCGAACCUUCCACUGCAGGAACGGAAACCAGGACUAUCCUUUCGGCAUCUCGGAGUCACAGCCGCUGCCGGAGUCCUCGUGCCCGGGUCCCCAAGGCUGGGCAGCACGUCCAUUGCACGGGUCUCUGCGCUGGGGCUCAGGAUUUGUAGUCCGCAGCAGAGCACGGGCCCGCGGGGCAGGGACUCCAGGUCCCGGCGGGCGGCGCGGUGCAACGCGGCCUGGGCUGGGGGCGUGGCCGCCGGCCCUUUAAACCUGCAGGGCCGCUUUGAGGGCCGCAGCCCCGGAUGGCGCCACGCCGGACUGAGUAGUGUGCGGCAGCCGCAGGGCGCUUUGGGGAGGCUGGGGCAGUUGAUGGUUUUGGAGAAGUAUCUUAAGGUAGCUGGCCCUGCCCCCUCCUCCCCACCUGCCUCUUGUCAUCCCUCCCACACCACUACCACCCUGGCUCCCCCCCCCCAUGACCGCCUGGAUCCUCCUUCCUGUCAGCUUGUCAGCAUUCUCCAUCACUGGCCUAUGGACUGUGUAUGCCAUGGCCGUGAUGAACCGCCACGUGUGCCCUGUGGAGAACUGGUCUUACAACGAGUCCUGCUCUCCUGACCCCGCUGAGCAAGGGGGUCCCAAGACCUGCUGCACCCUGGACGAUGUCCCCCUCAUCAGCAAGUGCGGCACAUAUCCCCCAGAGAGUUGCCUCUUCAGCCUCAUUGGCAACGUGGGUGCUUUCAUGGUGGCCCUGCUCGGCCUCCUGCUCUACGGGCAGCUCCUGGAGCAGAGUCGGCAUUCCUGGAUUAACACCACAACACUCAUCACAGGCUGCACCAAUGCUGCAGGCCUUGUGGUGGUCGGGAACUUUCAGGUGGAUCAUGCCAAGUCUCUGCAUUACAUCGGAGCCGGUGUGGCCUUGCCGGCCGGGUUGCUGUUUGUCUGCCUGCACUGUGUCCUCUCCUACCAUGGGGCCACCGCCCCCCAGGACCUGGCUAUGGCCUACCUGAGGAUUGUGUUGGCAGCCAUCGCCUUUGUCGCCCUGAUCCUCAGCGGCGUCUUCUUCGUCCAUGAGAGUUCUCAGCUGCAGCACGGGGCAGCCCUGUGCGAGUGGGUGUUUGUCAUCGACCUCCUCAUUUUCCACGGCACCUUCUGCUACGAGUUUGGGACAGUCUCCUCAGAGACACUGGUGGCUGCACUGCAGCCUGCUGGCCGGGCCUGCAAGUCCUCCGGGAGCACCAGCACCUCCACUCACCUCAACUGUGCCCCUGAGAGCAUAGCCAUGAUCUGAGGUCUGGGGAGGGUGGCUGGCCCAGCCUCCACUGCUCCCUGCCUAUGUCUUCUUUGCAUUUAUUUUGUACCAAAAACAAUUUUAAGAAAGUAUUCUGUUGGGAUAUAGGCUUCCUUGCCCCUGGACGAGGAGCCAUCCCACACCCACCUGUGCCAUAGAGGAGCGGGCCCUGGCAGCUGCCUAAGCUGUGCAUGACCCGCCCCCCACUGUUUCUGUUUAAAGGUCACAUAUCCGCAGUCACCCAGCCAACCCUUCAGGUGCCUUCUAUUCCCCAGUUGCAGGGCCAGAUCACUGGGGUUUCGUGCUGCAGGAAUUGGGGGCUGGGAACGGCAAGGAUAAAAGUGCUGGGGGUAGGGGCAUGCCUUAGUAUGUGGGAAGGCCCACUUUUGGGCCCUGGGAUUCUUCACUGUGCCCCUUACUUUUUUUAGGGCAAAUAACAGCAGAACCAUGUGGAUAUUUUAGUACUUUUAUAUGUAUAUAU